GUGUGUCUCUGAGAGAGAGAGAGAGAGAGACAGAGAGAGAGAUGUCACAGAAGGAAGAGGAAGAAGAGGGCGUCCUCCUUUACUAUAAAUUCGUCUCUGUCCCGGACACGCAGGAGCUCGUUAGCUUCUACGAUUUGAAUUGCCGAUCACUCGGUCUCCUUGGUCGAGUUCGUAUCGCCUCAGAUGGUGUUAAUGUCACGGUUGGUGGAAAAUUAUCCUCACUGGAGAAACAUAUUGCUGUUCUUAAGUCAAAUAACUUAUUUGAAGGCACCGACUUCAAGCUUGCAUCUUGCCAUUGCCCUUCAAAUGAAAUAAUUGCCGAAGAAUGUGGAUUCACAUCACUUUCCAUUCGAGUUGUCAAGGAACUAGUUACAUUUUCUUCUCAUCCUCUUUUGAAGUCACCCGCUAUUUCUAAUGCUGGCAAACAUCUCUCUGCAGUUAGGUUUCAUUCUGUUCUUCAGCGUGGUGGUACAGUUUUGGAGAACCAGGAUUCUACUCAGAAUAGAAGACUUAUUUUGUUGGAUGCAAGGAAUCUAUAUGAGACAAGAAUUGGGAAGUUUCAGACCCCAAAUGUUCAGACUUUGGAUCCAGAGAUCAGGCAAUAUAGUGAUCUUCCUGCCUGGAUAGAUAAUCAUUCUGAGCAAUUGCAAGGAAACUGCGUUCUCAUGUAUUGCACUGGAGGAAUAAGAUGUGAGAUGGCUUCAUCAUAUAUUAGGUCAAAGGGUGCUGGUUUUGAGCAUGUGUACCAGCUUUUUGGUGGAAUACAACGGUAUUUGGAACAAUUUCCUGAUGGUGGUUUCUUCAAAGGAAAGAAUUUUGUUUUUGAUCACAGAAUUUCUGUUGGAAGCUCUGCCCCUGACAUUGUUGGAUCCUGUCUGCUUUGUGGUUGUGCCUUUGAUGAUUAUUCGUCAAGAAGCCGAUGCACUUAUUGUCGGAUGCUGGUCUUGAUCUGUGAUGGUUGUAAGGGGAAGGGUGGUGCCUUAUAUGUUUGCGAGCUCUGCCAGAAACAUAGUAAUCGAGGACAAAUGGAGGAUAAUCAAUCUCCAAAAGUGUCAACUCCAGAUGAUAACUCUGAAGCUGUUGGUCUUGAAUCUUCUACCUUGUCUGAUUGUACAACAUUGCUUCCUGAAGUCCCUUGGAAACAUGAUUCCAGGUUUUCAAGACGUCUCCGAAUCCUUUGCUUGCAUGGAUUUCGGCAAAAUGCCUCAAAUUUCAAGGGAAGAACAGCAUCAUUAGCCAAGAAACUUAAGAACAUUGCAGAGCUUGUUUUUGUUGAUGCACCCCAUGAAUUGCCCUUCAUUUAUCAAGCUCGUCAAGCUAAAACUUGUAACAUUUCUCCAGUGCAACAAAGUCCACCACCAGGGGAGAAGUGUAAGAAGAGGUAUGCUUGGUUGGUUGCACCCGAGUUCAAUGGAUCAAGGGGAACAGAUUGGGAGAUGGCGAGCAAAACAUUUGAUCCUCUACAGUACCAGCAACAAACUGGUGGCUUUGAUAUAUCACUAGCUUAUCUGGAGACUGUCUUCUCUCAGAAAGGGCCGUUUGAUGGGAUCCUGGGAUUCUCACAGGGUGCAGCGAUGGCCGCAGCAGUCUCUGCAGAACGAGGAAAAAUGGAUAGUGAAAUCGAUUUCAGAUUUGUGAUUUUAUGCUCUGGAUUUGCUCUAAAUUUUGCUCAUGUCAAGCCAAGAUCAAUCAACUUCCCUUCUCUUCAUAUUUUUGGGAAUUGCAAAGGUAAAGACAGGCAGAUAGCAUGCCACACCAGCAAGGAGCUUACUGGGUUAUUUGAGGAAGGCUGCUCAGUGGUCAUUGAACAUGAAUCAGGCCAUAUAAUUCCUACACAGUCUCCUUAUAUUGACCAGAUCAAAGCUUUUCUUCAGCGUUUUGUCUGAUUCUUGCAGUGAUUGCAUUUGAUAUGCACCUGCAUCUAACCUUUGUUAAGUAAACUGGACAUUAUAUUUGAGGCCUUGAGAACUAGAGUCUCAACACAUGAAAUCUAACAACUGUCCUGUUA